AUGAGGCUGCUCAUUAGAAAGCAGCCUAGAUCAAUAGCUAUUAUCUCAAAUGGCUAUGUUGUAAUUUUUGAGCAGCGAAAGAAACAAAACAUUACUUCCGAUGAUAAGGGCAACCAACCCACUGUUGUUGAGUGUUUACGAGAAAGUGCCUUCUCUCCCGAUAACUUCGUGGAGAUAAAGCACUCCUUAUACAAUGGUCUCCUUGGACUCAUCAACGUUGGUGGUCAUAUUUACAUCGGUGUUAUUGGUAACAUAAAAAAGGUUGGAUCUCCACGGUGGAGAUUAUUAGAGAACGGCGAGUUAGAAGACAUUGAGAGCAUCUAUCAAGUUCUAAGCGCCGAGUUUUUUUGCCUUGAUAAUGAUGCGCUGGAUCCCAUUUAUUCAGAUUUCCGAGAACAAACUGGUGAAAAACCAGGAUAUGAACAUCCAUGUGCGGAGUUCGAGAAGCUAUUCAGCGACGGCUCCUUUUAUUUCUCGAGAGAUUUCGAUAUUUCGAAUGUUCUCCAGGAGAGAGGUCUUAUUAAUAGGCUCGAUUAUACUCUCGACAACCAAGUCGAGGAAGUUCUUUGGAAUUAUAAUUUGAUAUCAGAAAUGAUACAGGUGAGAAGCAGAAUAACCACCAAUGAGCUACCUUCAUUUGAUGGAGGCACUUUCCUAACCUUCUUAAUCAGAGGGUUUUGUAAAACAGUUACGGCUGUAGAUGGUGACGACUGCAGUACAAUCACCCUUAUCUCUAAAGUCUCAGCCGAGAGUAAAGAGAAUUCUUUCGAUAUGCAGGGGGUGGACAAGCAUGGGAAUGUCUCCAAUUUCAUUGAAACUGAGACAAUUCUCUGCACAGAGAGAUAUGUACUUGGAUACACACAGACGAGUGGCAAUAUUCCUUUAAAGUGGGAAGUCACAGAGGGCCAGCUUCUUCACAGCAAAAAAAUUCGUCUGCGUGAAGAUCCUGCCCUCAUACAAUUGGCCUUUGACAAGCACUUCGACAAGCUCUCUUCCAAGUACGGGGUUGUCAGUAUUCUUAAUCUGCUCAAACCGAAGAGUGAAUCUCAGGAAACCCUUGGCUCAGCCUACGAAGUUUGCGCCGCAAAUAAAGACAUCAAGAUUACGAAUAUUGCAUAUAGCUCGGACGCAUUGAUCAACGCAUCCCACAAAUUACUCUACCUUCUGAAACAAGAACUCUACGAAUUUGGAGCAUUUGUUUACGACAUUCAAAAGGGAAUUCAUGCCGGAAAACAAACCGGCUGUUUGCGGAUCAGUGCUUUCGACUCCAUUCGGAAACCGCUGCUUGUUGAGAAAAGUGUAAGUCAAGAAAUUAUCGAAUUAACCACGGCUGAGUUAGAUGGCUUCCAUUUGCCUAGCAGUCUUUACGGCCAGCAUGAAAAGCUUUGGACAGAGAAUAGCUUUUGGCUUGAAAACCUUUAUGUGAAAAAUCACAAGAAUUUGAACAAAUAUAAGAAAGUUUAUUGGCGUUUGUUUGCGUCCAGCAGUCGAAUUAACCUCCACGAUCCCUUUCAUGCCAUCAUUUCCAAAACGUUGAAAAAGCUCAAGAAAGAUUAUGCUUAUCAGAAAACCAUAACGACUUUCGCGGGUACGUUCAACGUCAAUGGUAAAAACUAUACGGACGGUAUUGAGGAAUGGCUGUUUCCUCGAAAUAACGGCCUAGAGAGUCCGGCGGACAUCUACGUUCUAGGAUUCGAAGAAGUGGUCGAAUUGACUCCGGGGCACAUGCUAUCAACAAACCCUUUUGCUAAACAGUUUUGGGAGAAGAAAGUUCUUCAAGAACUGAAUAGUAAGGCAGGGAAGAAAUAUAAUCACGCCUGGGGUGGUCAGCUAGGGGGUGUGCUGUUACUUCUAUUUGUGAGCGAGGACGAGUUCUCUAAAAUUAAGCAUAUUGAGGGUGAUGUGAAAAAAACUGGACUUGGAGGCAUGUCAGCCAAUAAGGGAGCGGUUGCCGUGCGUUUCACUUAUUCUGCCACAAAAUUUUGUUUCUUGGUAUCACAUCUGGCGGCCGGUCUGGAGAAUGUGGAUCAGAGACAUCAUGAUUAUAAGACUAUUGUGAAAAACAUCAGGUUUGCCAAGGAUCUUAGAAUUAAAGAUCACGAUGUCGUCAUCUGGAUGGGAGAUUUUAAUUAUCGAAUAUCUUUGCCAAACGAAGAGGUCAGGAACAGCGUCAUCAGCAAAAAUUAUUCUAAACUUUUUGACAGAGAUCAACUUAAUCAGCAGAUGAUCGCGGGAGAAUCUUUUCCAUACUACAAUGAAAUGGAGAUAAGUUUUCCUCCGACUUAUAAAUUUGACCCAGGAACCAAAACUUAUGACACCAGUGAGAAAAACAGAAUUCCUGCGUGGACCGAUCGUAUCUUGAGUAAAGGUGAAGCUUUAAAACAGCUCAGCUAUGGCUGUGCAGGGAAUCUUAUCUUUUCUGAUCAUAGACCCGUUUAUGCUACCUUUAAAUCAGUUGUGACAGUAGUAGAUGAAAAGCUAAAGGCCAACUUAUCAGCUAGUAUCAGCGAAAAAGUUAAAGAAAAACUGCUUAACAAGACUGAAGAUGAGAAGUACGCAAUUCUGAACGAUGCCGACUUUGUAUAUGAUGAUGAAAAAUUGAACCCACAGGAACCACUACGACCAGAAGUGAAGAAAGGGAGAAAACUGCCGCCACCGAGUUCCGAGACUAAGAAGUGGUGGGUCGGAAAUUCAAAGCAGGUGAAGGUCGUAAUUGAUGUUGACCCUACAGAGUAUAUGAUAAAUCCAGGGAAAACCGCUAAUCCUUUUGUACCGACGGAUGAAAAACCAUUUUUUGUCAAGAGAGAUCACGCCAGUUGA